AUGGCGCAGCCCACGCCCGAAGAUGCUAAUGGCAUCAGGAUACCAGAUGGCGAUGCCGGCGAGAACGGACAUGUUGUUGCGGCGUCCGGGAAGCGAAAGCGCGACAGCGACAAUGGCGACCGGGCCGAGGACGGCGGCGACGAGAUGGAUGUGGAUAACAAGGUCGAGCUGCCAAAUGAAGACGACAGCAAGACACAGGAGCCCGAGGAGGACACGACAAAGAGCAAAGAGCUCAUUAAGGCCUUCGUUGAGGUUCUGCGGAGUUUUGACAUCGGACCCUCGAUCCUCGGUCGCCCACUAUCGGCACCAGAGUCAGAAUCUGAAGAUGAACCCCAUGCAAAGCGCCAGAAAUCGGCCGAGCCGCCAAUGAAGCUGAGCAUCACCGAUAAAGUGGCUGCCGACGCAUACACCUCCCUCGAUGCCAUUGCAGCGGACCUCGCUUUUGCUGUCAAGGCCUCACUGUCUGAAAUGGACUCGGGUCCUUCUGAUUCUGGUGCAAGAGCUGUUAGCAUGAAAAGGGCUGCGCAGAUCAAUGAAUUCCGAGACAGAGCCAUGGAUCUACUCCGUCGUGAAAAAGCAUACCCCAACACGCGACAAGAGCCAGCAAACGGAGAAGUCGAGGUACAUACUGCGUCCGAAAAGAGUGAAAUGGUUUUAUCGCUGGUUGGCUAUGCGCCCCAGGAAAGGCGCUUGUUUUCUAGUUUACCGCUGUCCAAAGAUGUCGAUUUGUCUGACCUAAGCCUCCCGCCUGGCGUGUCCAUCACCCGAGUUAUCCCUUCCAACCCUCAAGACCGAACGCAAACUCUCGGCGAGCUAUUUGCUCCGCCGCGACCCCUUCCGCCUCUUCAGCCACCCAAACAGCCAAAGACACAAGCCAAGGGAAAUCGCCUAGAUUUUUAUCAUCCGCACUUGACCGACAGCUCCAGGUACCGGGGCAACUCGUAUUUCAACACAAAAUUGUCCACUGGCUAUUAUCUAGAUUACAGUCAGGCGACACCUUCAUGGCAGACAAAGACAAAGCAGCAUGAGCGCGCACAAAGUCUUGCCGGCCGGAAGCCCUCACUCUCAGAAUUAGAAAUGUCCGAAAUGGAGACCCUCUUCCGAGGGGCUUUUUCCACGUUCGCGCCAUGCAAAGAUGAUACUGCUGCAGUAGUGCCGUCUAGCGUUGCUGGCCGACUUUGGUGGCAGCGCAGUGGCAAGCAGAGUUUCCAGCGAAUGAUUGAAGUGGAAUACUAUGGCGACCUCCAAGAUGCGGAACCCGUCGACCCCACGCGGCCAAUAGAAUUAGACGAAACCGCAGUGCAAGAAGCUAUUGAUAACUGGGAUGAGACAGUUGUCGACCCUUCAUUAGACGACGUUAUGGGAUCCAAGCACGAUGAACAGGACAAGGAGGUCGACGAAAUUCUCGAAGAGGUCAGCGAUUUAAUCGAGACGCUAGCCUCUUACCAGCGCAUCCGUAACCUGACAUUGCCAAAUUCGCAAAACCGCCAGUCAAGCGACCCUAUUAAUGGAGAUAUGCUGGCCAAUGCUGGACCUCAGCCCUCGGAAGAAGAACAGGCCACCUACCUGAUGCUCAAGGCUCAAUUGGCGCUCAUUAUUAAGACAUUGCCGCCGUAUGCAGUGGCUAAGCUGAACGGCGACCAGCUUGACGAUCUUUUAAUUAGCACCAAGAUAAUGGUUCGCACUGAUCAAUAUAGUGGUACUAUGGACGAGGACGAGGCGAGCGCGCAAGCUCGACUUAAGGCGCAGCAGCAAGCCGCCCAGGCAGCCCAAGCUAAUGCCAGACAGCCGCAGCGUACACCCAGUGUUUCUGCUGUACCAUAUCCUAAUCAAUAUGCGGCGGCGGCAAACCAGUAUGGCACACCCGCUCGGCCCGCACCCCAGCCUCAGCAGUACUAUCGUCCUACACCAGCUCCCAACUAUCAGCAGCCUCGCAACUUGGGGCCACCAGCUCCUCCUCAGCAAAGGCCUCCUCAACCGAAUCAAUACACUCGUACCAAUGGCUAUCCGAACCAGUAUGCCACCCAGCUUGCUAAAGCCCAAACUCCAUACGGCCACCAGAGCCUGCCGCAACAAUACGCAACCCAGCAGAGACCCAACUAUGGGCAAAUGCCGCAACAAGGCGUUCCAAACGCUCGCUAUAACUUCCAACAAGGCUACCAGCACCAGCCGGGCACGCCACAGGCGCCUGCGAAUUACGGAACGUACGCUAACAGCCCGGGUGCAAUCCCAGCUAGAACUAUGUCUCCCCAAGUAGGAGCCCGGCAAACAUUCAGCCCGUCGCCUGCUGUGCCACAAAACCAGGGUUAUUCAGCACCAGCCCCGACUAUGGCGAGCCAGAUGAAUCGCUUUCCUAGUGGCUCAUCUCAAACGGGGAGCCAUAGUCAGAGCCCCGGAUUGACUGGAUACCACACGGUCAUCCCGGAAGCCCAGCAACAGCGGAUUUUAGACCAGGCCAAGGCUCGCGUCGCGGCCCAGGAGAGAUCGGCCAUGUUUGCUGAUAGACUCUCACAAACGAACACGUCGGGUUUAUCAGGCAUGGGUUUGGGUGUCAAUAUUGAUGCUAGUCGAAUCGCGGCUAUUCGAGCGAACAUGGCGAACCAGAAUAAACCGCAGUCCCCCACUCCUUCAAAGCCUGGCGGCGUGAAUGGGACACCGGGAACAAGCCAUGUACCCUACAAGGUGACUCCAGUCCCAGUCCCCGUCAUCCCUACUCUGCAACGCAAGCCGACUUCAUAG